GCGCGGAGCCGGAGUCCGGUAGGGCCGCAGCGGCGCGGGUGGGCGGUUGCCUUGGGGACCGGUCCGACCCCUCCCUCCUCGGGCUCCCCACCCACCCCGCUCCGCGCCCCUCGCCGUUUGGACGCGCGGCAGACAGACCCCCGGCCCUGCCUUCCCGCCGCUCGCCCCGGCUGCAGCCGUGACCCGGCCAGAGGCCGUGCCGCUCCCAAGAUGUCGCAGACGGCCAUGUCCGAAACCUACGAUUUCUUGUUUAAGUUCUUGGUUAUUGGAAACGCGGGAACUGGCAAAUCUUGCUUACUUCAUCAGUUUAUUGAAAAAAAAUUCAAAGAUGACUCAAAUCAUACAAUAGGAGUGGAAUUUGGUUCAAAGAUAAUAAAUGUUGGUGGUAAAUAUGUAAAGUUACAGAUAUGGGAUACCGCAGGACAAGAACGAUUCAGGUCGGUGACGAGGAGCUACUACAGAGGCGCGGCCGGGGCUCUGCUGGUCUACGACAUCACCAGCCGAGAAACCUACAAUGCGCUUACUAAUUGGUUAACAGAUGCCAGAAUGCUAGCGAGCCAGAGCAUCGUGAUCAUCCUGUGCGGGAACAAGAGGGACCUGGACGCCGAGCGUGAGGUCACCUUCCUGGAAGCCUCCAGGUUCGCCCAGGAAAAUGAGCUGAUGUUUCUGGAAACGAGUGCGCUGACGGGGGAGAAUGUAGAAGAGGCUUUUGUGCAGUGUGCACGAAAAAUACUUAACAAGAUCGAGUCAGGUGAGCUGGACCCAGAAAGAAUGGGCUCAGGUAUCCAGUACGGAGAUGCUGCCUUGAGACAGCUGAGGUCCCCGCGGCGCACCCAGGCCCCAAGUGCCCAGGAGUGCGGCUGUUAGGAGCCACAGCAAAGCACAGCGGUGCUCAUACCGUGGUGUUCGGGACACAGUUGUUGAAGCUUGAAGAAUCUGAAGGUUUUUUUUGUUUGUUUUUUGUUUUUUACCACCGUCUUUUUCUACUCUACACAGAAGUAGAUCUUUGUGGGGAAAAUAAUUUGGGGUGUUAUGCAAGCUAGUAGACACGGCACAGCAAACCGUAGGACAAGUCAUUCAAUGGACACCACCGCUAGAUGUAUACAUACAUGUAAACAUCCUCUGUUCCAUGUUUUCCCUUUUAGUUUAAAAUGUGGCUGGGUGCUGUAUAUACUCCAGCCCAGUACCUCUCCACAGCAUGUACCUGAUCUAUGAUAUGACAGAAUGUUGCACUAAAUGCAGUUUAAUAUUUUUUUUAAAUCAUGAGAACUAAAAUUGGUUUAUUGUGAGGUGUGCUUUUCUCAUCGUGUCGGUUGUAUCACACAGUUGGUCCUAUUUAUGACCUGAUAGUCAAAGACUGGUGUUGACAGCCAGGGCGUUCCUGUUGAAUUCUGCUUGCCACAUUCUACACGGUUUACAUGAUCCACACUUGAAAUACUAGGUCCGUAGUCAAUCACCCAAACCCUGAAACAGAAUGAAAACCAGGGAUCGUAGAUGACCUUGACGCUUGGUAGCUGUCUGUUGAUUUUAAAGCAAGCAUCUUCUCCGGGGCAACUCAGGAGUUGUAUCUGGCAAAUACGCACUGAGGAUUCUGUUCUGUCAAGCAAACCUCCUAAGCAACCAGUUCCACCCACUACAGUAGAGCAAGCGGGUGCCACCUGCGAGUGUGCCAGUCUCUCUAGUCUCCCUGCUGGAAAACACAUUAUUCACUGCCAUGGUUUUUUUUGGAAUUCAGCAUAAUGCCAUCACUUGCCUCUUUUUCAGAUCUUUUACUGUUUUGUGUUCAUUUUAAAGAAACUCCACUGUAUCUCCAUAACAUUAAAAAGGUAACACUCAUCAGGAAAUUUCUGUAUAAAAGCUUUUGCCGAAUACUUAAAAUGCCUUACUCUAGUUACCAGGUUGACAGGUUUUUAAUCACAUAAGGUGUACUGAAGUAUAAUAUAUAUUGUAUUACAAAGAUUUGUUCUUGAAUUUUAAAAUGCCAAUGCAGAAACUGUCUAAUGGAACCCUUCUUUAAAGUCAAAGUGCAGUAUUAUUUGAGUCUGCAAGGCUAAGCAUUCUUCACUUCUGUGUGUUCUCCACUGUGACAUGUUAGCUGCAGGCUGAUCGGUUAAUGAACUAUUAGUUACAAGCUGCCUCCUGCAUUUUGUGUUAUUUUAACUCAACAGACAGAGCACAGAGACACAUACAGACUGGGAAGUAACCUGGAUAAAAAUAUCAGUGUAUAUCUGUAUUAGGUCUUUUAAGUUUUGCUUUCUUUGUGCCUUGAAUAUUUUAUUUUGAAAAUGGAACCUGAAGCCAAUUCUCGGACUGAGCUACUCGUUGGACCUCGCCAGAAGGGUGUUUCAUUCGCUGUCGCAUUCGUGAUAGUUUGCAGGCUGCUCAUUUUUGAACAGCUUCUUGCAUGGGAUAGGAGCAUGUGCAUUCUGACAGACUGGUCUCUUCAAAGGCAGGAAUUUUAGGAUAAAUGUAAAGUUGUUUUAAAAGUGAGCCUGUUAAUGAAACCACAGAUACCAUAUGUCAUUCCACAUCUUUUGACCAAUAAAAGUUGCUGGAGAACCAAGCCAUGGUGGGUUUUUUUUUCUU